UUCUGACGGAACCCUUGGCUGGGUGUCGGUCGGUCGGCCCGAGGUGCGCUCGCUCGCAGUGUCAAACAAGAAGUGGCGCGGCGCAAGGCCCGAAAUUUAUUGCAAUUCGGUGGGUGCCCCCCGUGAUGUGUGCAGCCACUGCUGACGGACGCGCGGCAGUGCCUAGUGCUUCUGUGUGCCUCGUCGCUCGCGUUUGAUUGAUUUGACCGGCCGCGGCUGCCGAGUGUCCGAGGCGCGCGGGCAGGAUUCUUCUCUUGUUGUUGCUUCGCCGCGCCGAGAUGCGCUGAUCAGCCGCACGCAGGAGAAGGAACCGCACCUACUCACUCGAUCGCUGCACGCCUGCCUGCCUGCCUGAGGAUUUUUGUCGCAGCGUCGUUCAUCAAAGGCUUUUGGACUGUUUGCGCAAAAAGCGUUGCGGUGUCUGGACGCCCUCCAUGAACAGAUCGGGCAGUCCCUGGAGGCGGGCCGACCCGCUGAUGUUCAUUUGAGCAACCCGUCCUCUGUCUGCGACGAUGGCUCCGAAGAUGGCGAUCGGAACCAACAGGCCUUCUCCUCCUCCAUGGCUCUGAUGAGGAGGCUCCUCGAAGACGCACAGAUCUCUCUUUUCUGAAUGCAUUGAUUUUGGUACCUUCUCUUCUGUUCUUUGUGUUUCUGUGUGUAAACACGUCAGGGUGGUCAAAAAGUGUAAAUGACAGGACGGGAGUUGGACGAAACUAACCAGGUUACUGUUGAACAAAACUCUACCACAAAGACUACACAGGCAAAAUUCCGCAGGAUGGUGGAUGAAAACAAGACUCUUGCCACGCGCAUCGACGGCGACCUGCAGGCGGCCCAGGAGGACGUGGGCGUGCUGCGCGGCGAGUUGGCCGACGCGAACCGCCGCCUCGAGGAGCUGGCCGUCGCCCCCAGCUGCGAGGCCGGAGGCGACGCCUCGCCCCCGGAGCAGGCCCCCAAGAUCCCACCAAGUCCACCUCCGAGACUGCACGUGCCCGCCGUGCCCGUCGCCGGCAGCUGUCCGUCCGCCGUCCAGGAGCAAACAGAGCCGGUCGCCGGCUGCAGCUCCGCCCCCGCAGAAGCACACCAACCUGUUUCGCACGGUUCCAUAGAGACGGACCCGGGCGAGGGUAGCAGCAGUUGCGGCGGAGGCAGCGGCAGCGGCAGCUUGGCAGAAUUGCGCGACGAGAACGCGCGGCUGAAGCGAGAAAUCGCCGAGCUGAAAUGCCUGCUUGGUCCUGAGGCCCUGGCGCUGAGCGCUGAGCUGGAAAGCACGAGGGACGCGCUCGCUGCUGUGAAAGCCGACAGGAAAAGGCUCAAAGCCGAGAAGUAUGACCUGCUGAACCAAAUGAAACAGCUUUACAGCACCCUCGAAGACAAGGAAAAGGAGCUGCGCGAUUUCAUCAGGAAUUACGAGCAGAUGCGGGACACAGAGGUGUCAACUCAGCAGCUGGCCGCCGAAAGGGAGGAGCGCGAACGCGAGCGCUGGACCCUGCUGCGGCACGCAAGGGACGAGGCGGAGCGCAGCCUGGCCCUGGCCGCGCAACUCACUGCCAGGGAGACGCAAAUCCAACAGCUGCAGGAGCACAUUUUGGAGAUCAAACGCGCCACUGGCUUCAUGACCGAGCAAGACUGUCGCGUGAACGGCUCAGGGACGCCGACCAGCAGCGGUCUGCUGAGCAGUGGCGGCGUCGCCGGCCUCGUGGGCACGGGGUUGCCCGGCGACCGGGGCAGCAGCGCCGACUCGGGCGUCCGCGGCAGCUCGGACCGGGAGAGCGGCGCCACUUCGGCCGGUGGGGGCAACCUGUCCGACUCGAACACGGACGUCACCUCAUGGUCUCUUGGUCUCACAGGCACCCCCACCAUCACCGUGGAGACGGGCGGGGGCGGCAACAUCGACAUGGACUCGAUAUCGGUCGUUUCGUCCAUCAUCGGACAGCACACUUAUCAGAAUAGGUUUCACAACCGUACAAACAGAUAUGCUGUAACAACACCAAAAGACAGCCCAACCCUAUCGCCAAUGAGCGCUAAUCCCUUCGCCAGAAUGAUUCAGGACAACAACGUCUUGUCUAGUCCGCCGCCGCGCGGUGCUUGCAGGUCCGUCGAGCAGCUGCAGGAUUCGUCCGAGCCGCCGACCGGCCGGAGAAAGGGUACCGGUCGUCUGGGCCGAGGGGGCACGUGGGGCAGCAUUUCCAGGGUGUUCGCGCGCAGCAGACACCGCAAGAUGACCAGUCCUAGUCACGAAGCAGUGGACCCAUACCGCAGCUGGUCGCCUCUGACCGAGGAGGGCUACGCCGAAAAGCUGCGUCUCCUGCGGGAGGCGUCGACCAUCCCCAUGGAGCGGUGGCGGGCGCCGACCGUGCUCGCUUGGCUCGAAAUCGCCCUUGGGAUGCCGCAGUACGGGCCGAGGUGUGCGGAGAACGUGAAGAGUGGCAAGGUGCUUCUUGAACUGAGUGACGUGGAGUUAGAGGUUGGUUUGGGCAUCACGCACCCAAUGCACCGCAAGAAAUUGCGACUGGCCAUCGAGGAGCACCGUCAUCCCUCGUUGGUACGCUACCCGUGCAUGGCUCAGCUCGGACACACAUGGGUGUCUAGUGAAUGGCUCCCAGACUUGGGUCUCGCUCAGUAUUCUGAAAACUUUGCCACCAACAUGGUUGACGCCAGGAUGCUUGACCACUUAAGCAAAAAGGAGUUGGAAAAGUUCCUCGGUGUCACCAGAAAAUUCCAUCAAGCCUCUAUAGUUCAUGGAAUACACCUGCUCAGAAUGAUGAAAUACGACCGACAGGCUUUGGCGGUGAGGAGACACCAAUGUGAGAACAUCGACGCCGAUCCAAUUGUGUGGACCAACCAACGCUUCAUUCGUUGGGCCAGGAACAUAGACUUAAAUGAAUAUGCAGAUAAUUUAAAAGACAGUGGCGUUCAUGGGGCGCUAGUGGUGCUGGAGCCAUCAUUCAACGGUGAGACGAUGGCCUCGGCGCUGGGCAUUCCGCAGUCGAAGAACAUCAUCCGGCGACACCUGACCACCGAGCUAGAGGCGCUCGUCCUGCCGGCCAGAGCCGCCGUGGAGCAUUACAUGAAAAUUAGCAAGGCCGAGCGACGCCGCUACGAGAAACUCAUGAGCGGCGGCAGUUUAGGUAGGAGUUUCUCGCGCUCGUACGCCGGCGGUCUGCAAGACCACCACCACCACCAGGACGGGGCCUCGAUUGCAGAGGGCAGCGGCGCCGAACUGGCCGCCGACAAGGACCGCAGCCGCAGGGCUAGUUUGCGACUCCCCAAUCUGUUCUCCCCGUCGCGGGAUUUUUCAAUGAAGAGCAACAGUCUCCAAUAUUUGAAGAAGUUCUCAUCAUGGAGAAGCUCUCAGGGCUCCCUCAGCAGGGCACUCGGCCUGCGGGUAAAGCAGGAGCUGCAGCGGCAACAGCAUCAGCUGUAUCACCACCACGAGGCCGCCUCUCCGGAGAGUUCGCUGGCGUCGCCGACCUCAGAGGCGCCGUCCUUCCUCGCAGAGUCUGAGCCGCACGGCCUGCCAGCGUCGUCGUCGUCGACCUCGUCAGGGUCAGCCCGCCAGCAGCAGCAGCACCACCGUCGAGUCAGGUCGAUCGGUGACAUAGAGGCGGUCAGCGCCGUGACCCCUGUGUGACCCACGCCCUUGAGGUCUCUAAGCCCGGACGAUGAGGAAGACUUCGAGCCACUUAGAGAGUCGAUCGUGUAGAGAAUCCGAUGCAAGGCUGUGCGUCCAACGGGGUGCAACAAAAGGAUCUGAUUGAUUGAGUCAGGGUGUCCAGUCCCCUCUAGCUACCGGCAGCGGAGCCUUUAUAUUAUUUGCAGUGAAACACUCGAGUGCUACUCCUUGAUUCCCAUGCCAAAUUCCUCUGUCACAUGUGAUACACACAUAUAAACACUUAUAACUGCCGACCAACUUCGGAUUUUGAACAGAAUUUCGUUCCCUGUGCUUGAGUGACGCCCGCGUUGGAUUUUCCUAAGUAAGAAGAGUGUUGGAUGGCGUAUCAUAUUGUGUAAUUUGAGAUUUUGAUUAGGAAAGAAAUGUACGUACAUAUCUUCUCGAGAAAUGUAUCACUCAAUCACGGAUCUCUGACCAAUCUCUGUUUAUUAUGCACACACUCACCUCGAUCAGACUCGAGAAGUGUGGUUUCGGUUGGAAUUGUAUAUUAUACUCGUCAUGCAUAUGAAUGUAAUCGAAAAGCAUGUUCAAGCACCAAGUAAUGCUCAAAAAGUUUUAACCACGCAAUUUAGAGAUCAUCAGUCCCCUCCCCAUAGUCGGUCUCACAACAGACGAACAAUCAACUGUCUCUAUCGCAAAAUUAAGCUAAAGUAACCUAUUAUUAUGAGUAGCAUACGACGUCGUUCUUGUUGGGUGCAUUUUGUGUGUUGUUGACGAAUUGAGAAUAUUAUACUCUCCGACUCUUAUGAAAGAAAAGAAAAACUGAGAAGCAUUAAUAUAUAAUAGUAUUAAUCUCGCAUUCGUAAAGAAUGGAUGUGUAUAAUCAUCAACCUUUAUCGUGACCUGUAACAAAAAUGAAGAUUUUCGCGCCGUGGCUGUUGGCGUUGAAAUGUGAGAAUCGUGUAUUAUAAAAUGAUAAUAUAUUGUAAUGCAAUAUCGAAAAUAAAUUAUUAUCUUCACUGUUCUUCAGUGAAAAAGGAGUUAAAAAAUAGUGAAAGUAGGUUU